CUUACCGCUCUCCGUCCCCCGUCCCCCACACCCCCGCCCGCCCCCAACGCCAAAACACCACCUUUCUCCCGCGCCCAGCGCUUCCUUCGAGUUCCCUCCUGGCGAUCGGGAUUAGAAUUAAAGCCAUAAGGUGUGAACCUUGAAGUCAUCCAAUAAUCCGUAAUAUUGAUAAUAAACAAAUGUGCUGCUGUCUAGGUGCCAUCACGCUUAGAAUAGGAACGACUUAGGGUUCUGGUGUAUUUCCAGAGAGAUGAAAGUGGGGAGUUUGCAUGGAUUGAGAGGGAAACGACUUUUACUCAUUCUCGUAGUCAUCUGCACAUUGUUUCUUAUUUGGGAAUGGGAGAAAACACCGCAUCCAGUUAAUUUCAUCCCGUCACCAGACACAACAUAUCUGCCUCCUCCAGUGGCUCACAAAACACACACAUGCGAGCAUGCGACCACAGAGGAAGAAGACUUUCCGGUUGCAGACGACUUUUGGCAUGCAAUGAGUGAAAGAGAAAAGCAACCAUUUGGUGUUCCAUCAAAAGGUCAUAAAACAACAAGCUCAUUAAAGGUGACAGAAGUGAAAAAGGAUGUGAUAGUAGUGGCACCUCUGGGGAAGAAAGUUGCAGGCCCAUCUAGGUAUUCAAUGACUGAAAAGGCUGAGCAGGUUCUCAAUGUUCCACCAAAAGAUUCUGCAGCAACAAGCUCAGUCAACACGACAGAAGUGGAUAAGAAUUUAAAAGCAACAUCUCUGGAGAAGAAAGAAUGUAACUAUGGAAAGGGAAAAUGGAUCGAUGAUGACAGGCGUCCAUUAUAUUCAGGGUUUGGAUGUAAACAGUGGCUCUCUAUGAUGUGGGCUUGUAGAUUGACUACGCGUACAGAUUUCUCCUAUGAGAAAUAUAGAUGGCAGCCUGAAGGUUGUGAGAUACAGGAGUUUGAAGGAACUGAAUUCUUAAAAAGGAUGCAGGAUAAAACUAUUGCUUUUGUAGGAGAUUCUCUAGGAAGACAGCAAUUCCAAUCAUUAAUGUGCAUGGUCACUGGAGGUAGAGAGAACCCAGAAGUGGAAGAUGUUGGAAUAGAGUUUGGUUUCAGUAAAGGUGACAAGCGACCCAGUGGUUGGGCCUAUCGAUUCCCAAAAACCAGGACUACGAUUCUGUAUUAUUGGUCUUCUACCCUCUGCGAAUUGGAACCUCUUAAUUUAUCAGAUCCUGCUACUGGUUAUGCUAUGCACCUUGAUCGCCCAGCAGCAUUUUUGAAGCAGAAUCUCCACAGGUUUGAUGUUCUAGUUCUUAACACUGGACACCAUUGGAAUAGAGGGAAGCUUAUAGCAAACAGGUGGGAAUUCUAUGUUGGUGGAGUGCCAAACACCAAUAGGAGGCUGAGAGAGAUGGGUAGAGCCAAAAAUCUUACAAUUCAUACGGUCAUCAAAUGGUUAGAUUCCCAGCUCCCUCAACAUCCAAAGCUCAAAGCAUUUCUCAGGUCGAUAUCUCCUAGGCAUUUCUUCCAUGGAGAAUGGAAUACUGGUGGUAGUUGUGAUAAUACCAGCCCUUUGGCUCAUGGGUAUGAGGUCCUACAGGAUGCUUCAGCUGAUUUUGUUGCUGCCGCAGCAGUGAGUGGCACAAGGGUUAAACUUUUGGAUAUCACUGCAUUAUCACAUUUGAGAGACGAGGGACAUAUAUCGAGGUAUGGUUUUAAAGCUUCAGAAGGUGUGCAUGAUUGCUUGCACUGGUGCCUACCAGGAAUACCUGAUACAUGGAAUGAGAUCCUAGCUGCACAAAUUUAGGCCAUCAAUUGGAGGUGGAAGAGCAAGCAGACAUUGUUAUACUGGUUUAAGAAUUGCAUCACAAAUGGCAUUACCUUUACAUGGAGAAGAACAAAUACCAGAGAGAAUGCUGUUUAAAGCAUACUCUUGACGCUUUUCUUCCUUUAUAUAGGGAAGAAUAGAUACUGGAGAGAAUGAUGUUUGAAGCAUACUAUGAAAAUGCUGGAGAGAAUGCUAAUUAAAUCACAAUGAUCACAACAUAUAGCUCUUGUUUAAUGUAGUCCUUAGAAACAGCUACUAGCUUGUAAUAUAGCACAAUUAUCAUAUUGUUUUUAUCACAAAAUAAACAUGACCGCUCAUGCCA